UGAAUAUAAAAAUAACGCCGUCAUCUUAUUUCCCUUCUCAUCAUUCUUCUAUAAACCUCACUUAUAAAAUUCCUCCACGCUUUCUCACACAACUCUUUUUUUCAGUAACCACCUCUCUAUCGUGCCUAAUUCUAGUACCAAAAUUACAAAUGGGCAGCGUUAACGACGAAAACCGGCAACCAUUGUUAUCGGAAAAUAUAAUUGAAGAAACAGAUGAUGAUCAAGAUCUGAAAACAAGAGUAUGGAUCGAAACAAAAAAACUAUGGCACAUAGCUGGUCCAGCCAUUUUCAGUCGUAUAGCCACUUACACCAUGAAUGUAAUAACUCAAGGUUUUGCUGGUCAUCUUGGUGAAGUUGAACUCGCUGCUAUCUCCAUUUCUAAUACUGUCAUUGUUGGCCUCAACUUUGGCCUCCUUUUAGGGAUGGCGAGUGCAUUAGAAACAUUAUGCGGACAAGCUUAUGGAGCAAAAAAACAUCACAUGUUAGGCAUAUACAUGCAAAGAUCAUGGAUCGUUCUAAUCCUAUGCUGUUUCCUUCUACUCCCGUUCUACAUAUUCGCCACACCAAUUCUAAAAGCAUUAGGACAACCAAACGACGUGGCAGAGCUAUCAGGCAUAGUUGCCUUAUGGUUCAUCCCGUUACACUUCAGUUUCGCGUUUCAGUUUCCUAUACAGAGGUUUUUACAGAGCCAGUUAAAGACUGCGGUUAUCGCUUGGGUUUCACUUGCGGUGUUGGUGAUUCACACGGUGAUUAGUUGGUUGUUUGUGUAUAAAUUGGAUUUUGGGAUAGUGGGAGCUGCUGUGGCACUGGAUGUGUCGUGGUGGUUGGUGUUUAUUAUCUUGUUUUGUUAUACCGCAUGCGGUGGAUGUCCUGAAACGUGGAGUGGGUUCUCGAUACAAGCGUUUUCUGGACUUUGGGAAUUUUUUCGACUCUCGGUUGCUUCUGGUGUCAUGCUUUGCUUGGAGAACUGGUACUAUAGGAUAUUGAUGUUGAUGACAGGGUAUUUGCAGAAUGCAACGCUGGCUCUUGAUGCGUUGUCCAUCUGCAUGAAUAUUAAUGGUUGGGAGAUGAUGAUACCACUUGCUUUCUUCGCUGCCACCGGAGUGCGCGUGGCAAAUGAGCUAGGUGCUGGAAGAGGAAAGGCGGCAAAAUUCGCAACAGCGGUAUCAGUGGUACAAUCCACCAUGAUUGGGCUAGUAUUUUGUGUGCUAAUAAUGAUAUAUCAAGAUAAAUUUGCUCUAAUUUUCUCAUCAAGCUUUGAUGUGCUAAAAGCUGUCAAGAAGAUCUCUUACCUUCUUGCCUUUACCAUUCUUCUAAAUAGCGUUCAACCUGUUUUAUCCGGGGUUGCAGUUGGAUCAGGAUGGCAAUCAAAAGUGGCUUAUAUUAAUUUAGGUUCCUAUUACCUUGUUGGAGUCCCCCUUGGAAUUCUUAUGGGUAUGGUUCUCCACACUGGUCUUGAGGGCAUGUGGGCAGGAAUGAUAUUUGGAGGGACAGCUUUGCAGACGAUAAUACUGGCUUUUAUAACGUAUCGUUGCGAUUGGGAAAAAGAGGCUAAAAAAGCUACAAAGCAUGUUGAGAAGUGGUCGGAGCCACUUCCAGUUAGUCAAUCGUAGAUGGUGAUUUUCUUUUUCUGGUCAAGGUUUAUAGCCUUUUUAUUCUUUGCUAGUUAUUCUUUAAGAAAUGAUCAUGCUGUUUUAGUGCAAGGGUAUUUUGUUCAAUGAACAUUAUAGAUAAAUAAAAAUUAGCGCAAAGUCAAUUAUGACAAGCUCAAAAA